AGUCAAGGAGGCAUUGACUGGGCUUGUGGUGCCGAAAAGGUUGUGCAGUUUGUAUGUGGUUUUAUUUGUAAAUAAAACUCAUAUGGGCGUGAUUGUCGCUGGCUGAAGGCAAUAGGAAGCUAGGUGCGCGAAAGAGAAGCGGACGCGACUGUUUGUGCCGGACUUUGAAGGCCUGCGAAAGCUCCGGCGACCCGGGAAGGAAAAAAAAAUUCGAGGGAGAGCUCUCGGUGGAGACUCGCAAGAUGACGAUCCCGAAGGUGAUGCGGACGACUGUUUUGGGUUUCGCUAAAAGAUGCCUGAGGGGGCCAGUGAGUUUACAGACACAGCUUGUGAGAGCAAUGUCGACAACAGAGUCCAGCGAUGUGUUGUUGGAGAAGGUUGGCAACAAAGGUGUCAUCACCUUGAACAGGCCAAAGGCACUCAAUGCACUUUCUCUCGAAAUGGUUCGCCAGAUCUAUCCCGUCCUCAAGAAAUGGGACACAGAUCCGGAGAUGAAAAUGGUAAUCAUCAAAGCGGCACCUGGUUCCAAGGCCUUCUGCGCAGGCGGUGACGUCAAAGCCAUCGCCUUGACGCAAGGCAAGGAGUCCGAAUUGCGGGACGCCUUCUUCCGGGAAGAGUACCGAUUGAACAACCUCAUUGCUAGUCUGACUGUCCCGUACGUUGCUCUUGUGGAUGGUGUCACUAUGGGUGGGGGUGUCGGACUUUCAGUUCAUGGCACCUUUCGUGUGGCAACGGAGAGAACGGUGUUCGCCAUGCCCGAGACCGCAAUCGGUUUUUUCCCUGAUGUCGGAGGCAGCUAUGUGUUGCCACGGCUACCUGGAAAGCUGGGCCUGUACCUGGGCUUGACUGGACAGCGGAUGAUUGGCUGGGACGUCCUCAAGGGCCGGAUUGCCACACAUUUUUCAUCGUCCCAGAGGAUGGAGCACAUCGAAGGCGACCUGAUGCGAUUGACCUCACCAAACAUCUCGGACAUUGACAAGAUCCUCAUUAAACACCAAGACCAGUGUGAAGCCGACUUCCGAAAGGAAUUCAUCCUCAAGAAAUACAUGGGCCGCAUCAAUGCUGCCUUUGAUGCCCCUAGUGUGGAGAAAAUCAUCGAGAACCUGAAGAAGGACAACUCGGACUGGGCCAAGGAACAGCUGACCACUCUCAGCAAAAUGUCACCACUGUCCCUCAAGAUCACCUUCAAACUACUCGAAGAAGGCAUUCGGCUGACCUUACAAGACGCCCUCAAGAUGGAGUUCCGUCUCUCCCAACGCUUCAUGCAGGACUCUGACUUCUAUGAGGGAGUCAAAUCAGUGCUGAUCGACCGCACGGGUGAUCCCAAAUGGAACCCCGCAUCCCUGGAAGAAGUCACGGACGAGAAAGUCAACUCCUACUUCGAGCCACUGCCGAGUGACAAGGAGCUCAGGCUGUGAGCAGCUACAGAAAAUGAAACGGGCAGCGUCUUCCCUGUUGCCUUUAACCACCUUUGUUUCUUUGCUGGCUCCUCCGUUCCGUUCCUCGUGCCUCCAUCGACCUCCCUCGAUCAGGGUGGUUGGUUCAGACCUAGUGCGCGAGCGAGUUGAACUAACGAUGAGCUUGAGCAUCUGGGCAAGAGCUUUGAUCUGCUGCUUGGCAAGCCAGCGGCAUUCGCCACGGCUAAACAGCCUGGUGGAAGACAGAUAGACUGUUUGCACAAGGUGAGCUCUGUAUCAUGUGGUCCGCCACGUUGUUUAAGGAUCCAAGUACGUUCAACUAUACAUCCAGUGAUGUUCUCUUAGGAGCCAGCGUUCUUUCAAGAUCUUGUUCAAAAGAGUGCUUUGCCCUGACUUUGGUGUUUCUCUCGAUUUUCUAUCAACUGUCAAAGCGGGGCGCAUGCUUUAUCUCCCGUUGCCUUGUAAAAAGGCAGUUAAGUUGUGUGGCAUUGCAAGCAUCUUUCCAAGUGAAAAUGUUUCAACCACGACCAGAUAACCAGUUCAGUUCAGUCAAAUUACUCAGUGCUGUUUGCCACAAGCCUCUCAUAUGUGUUUGAUCUGAAUGGGCAGAAAUUACCAUGUACGAUUUCAAGCAAACAGAACAGGUUGGUUGGUGUCAAAGUUCUGUACUUUGCCCCAAACAAAGGUCAUGUAAAUCUAUGAUAGUGUUGUUAUUUGGGCAAACCAUAGUUUUGGCCUGUGCACGAAGUUAAAAAUGAUUUUCUUGCUGUUUGGUUUUGUGCAGAAAUGUGGCGACUCUCAAAGCACAGCUGUAAUGAGCACUUGAAGAAAACUUGCUGCUGUCAACAAUGGACUUCUUCAGUAAAACUAUUUAUCAAGACUGUAGGUUGGUGCCAGAAAUGUUAAGUUUUCGUUCAUGCACUUUCGUAAUCAUUUUGAGAGUAGCGUUUAAAACUUAUUCCUUGCAUACGUAUUCAACGCAGCACAGCAGUGCCCCUGAAUCUUGCACACGCAGCUAGUCAGCUUCUCUAAAUCCUCUUCUUGAUUCUCACAGACUCCAACGAACCUAAGCAGACGUUCACACUACUGCCCACUGCAGAAGACAAUCCAGUGCAAAUUUCGGUGUGGACUUGCCUUCGUGCCCAGAGUUGAGUAGUCACGCAUAGACACAACUCAGUUUUUUGUGUAUCUUAGACCAGGGUCAGUGUGCGCGCUGUCAGAAACCAUGCUUGCUAACCACGUUUUUAUUAGUAGUGCUAUAAAAAUGUGUUGAUGCUUGUUGAAACUAGCACUCACAGGUGAGGUUCAUAUUCUGAAAAAUUCCCAUGGAAGAGCCUCUCCUCGCUGACAGGCAUUCAAGUACAUGUAACACCUGAUACAAUUGGUGCGACAACAAAAUCACAGCAGAGGUGUCCAAGAGCCUAGAGCCGUUACAUAUGAAACGUUCUUCCAUGGGUUUUCAAAUGGGUUUUCAAAUUCCAUGGGUUUUCAAAUUAAGAGUACUAGAGUGUGUUGCAGCUCAGUGUGUGUGGGGAUUGUAAAAUUUUCUGAAAGCGCUGAAGAGUCAUUUGCUGAAUUUGAAGCACAAUUUCCGGGACAUAAGCAGAUAACAACACUCUUGCAGACUGCUAAAGCCAGGUGGUGUUGCCAUUGGCAGUAACACCCACAACGCCAAAUUAUCUUUGUCAAUAUAAUAUCCACUUUAAUAAUUUUUAGUGUUUAAACUUGCCAUAAAAAAAUUAUCCUCACAAACAUCAUGAAUCGACUGUGAUUUGAAGGCAAAAGGACAAAUUUCAAGCAAAUUGAUCUUCAUCUUCUUAUCCUUAAUGUGCCGUACAGUAGCGCCACAUUUGCUUCUGGUGGUCUUGGCACGUAACUCCUAUAGGUCUGAGUACUAUGUAGCUGCUUCCCAGUUUUUGAAUUGGCUGCACUGUUUUAAGGAGCCUUCUUAAUAUAAGUUAUAGGGGGAAAAAAUGGAGCAUUUUCAAAAUGCUUGGUUACACAUGUGCAUGUCUGCACACUCAUGUAAAUGGGUUUAAGCGGGGAAGGUGUAGACGCAGCACUCGAGCAACGAGCUGCCGUUGCCAGAACCAGUCUUCACAUGGUUUUGUGGCACUGAGAUUUAAGUGAGAUUGCAUCGAACUUUGUAUUGCUUUGUGUCUCUCUUUUUAAAAAUUUUUUGCACUAAGUUUCUCGUGCCCAUUGUUGUUCUAACAAACAGAAUUCUUUUGUUUUGGCGGGCCCUCAAUCUUCACUUGAAUGGGCUGUUUGUUAGACCACCCGACAUCCAUUAGUGGGGAGUUGCAGUGAGUGCUGUAGAGUGUUAACGAGCCAAGUGAGCAUGCGCAGAACUGUGUGUAUAUAAAAGCACUGUUGCCCAUUCACACAGUUAGGUUUUUGUGGAGGAGAGACUCAAAGUUACGUUUUCAAAUUAAAGCUUGAAAGUGCACUUAA